AUGUCGCUUGACUGUGGUAUCAUAGAUCUAAAUUAUGGUGUGAUUUUAAAGGCUUUAGAACAACCUACUGAUCACCCGAGUGGUUAUAAUUCAUCUGGCGCUAUUUCUAAGAGCACCUUGAUGAAUUCAUUGAUAUCUAAUUUUAGCACCAUGUUGGAAACUUCAUUGCCAUGGACUACCAAG